AACGUAGUUUAUUUGCAGCCUGAAGUGCGACUGGUCCGCUGUCAUUGCGCUCAAAAUGUCGUACUCUCUGCUGUUGUUGGCGUCGAUAAUCCUGGUCUGCAGGGCUGCCGUGUGUCCUUGUGAGAGCCCCGAGCUCUGUCAACAGAUCUGGGAGGAGAGAGACUUUGAGGUGUUUGUGUUCGACGUGGGUGGAAAGGCAUGGAAGUCCUACAACUGGAGCAUGGUGACGACAGUGGCGACAUUUGGAAAAUAUGAUGCUGAGCUCAUGUGUUACGCUCACUCCAAAGGAGCACGGGUUGUACUUAAAGGUGAUGUUCACCUCCCCUACAUUUUGGACCAAUAUAACAGGACGGAGUGGAUAACAGAGAAGGUCAACUUGGCUAAGAGUCAAUUUAUGGAUGGGAUCAACAUCGACAUCGAACAAGCAGUGGAGGAGGGCUCACCGGAGUACCAUGCUUUGACGGACCUGGUCAAAGAGACCACUGAGGCCUUCCACAACGCGAUCCUAGGCUCCCAGGUCUCAUUUGACGUCGCCUGGUCACCAAAUUGUAUCGACAAGCGCUGCUACGAUUACGUUACCAUCGCCGAAUCCUGUGACCUGCUGUUUGUGAUGUCCUAUGAUGAGCAGAGCCAGAUCAUGGGGAACUGUAUUGCAAUGGCAAAUGCCCCCCUCUCUCAAACAUUGAACGGUUAUGACCAGUUUUUGAGUCUUAAGAUCGAUCGAAAGAAGCUAGUGAUGGGAGUGCCAUGGUACGGCUAUGACUACCCAUGCCUUAACUUUUCCCAGGAGGGAGUCUGUUUUAUAGUCGAAGUUCCUUUCCGUGGAGCCCCCUGUAGUGAUGCAGCCGGAACACAGAAAACAUACAAGUGGAUCAUGAAGCAGGUCAACAACUCAUUUUCCGGCAGGCUCUGGGACGACAAGCAGCAAGCUCCUUACUUCAAUUACAAGGACCAGAAAGGACAGAUUCAUCAGGUUUGGUACGAUGACCCACAGAGCAUCUGUCCCAAGGCGGAGUCGAUUAAAUCUAAAGGUUUGAGGGGCAUUGGCAUGUGGAAUGGCAACAUCUUGGACUACAGUGAUGACCCCGUUGCCAAGCAGCAGACUGCAGCGAUGUGGAAUGCACUCUUAGGAUGCUAGCUGGGAUACACUUGACAAUGCUGCAGAAUUUUACAUCACCCCUGUUUGUUGCUAAGUCAAUAUAUCCCUUUGUAGCAGUAAUGGGGUGUGGCUUUUUUCUGUCCGGGAGGUGCAUACUUGCACUUCUGAAUUUAUUGUGGCUUUUAUUGCUGUUGUCGUUGAAUGUAGUUACGUCUCAGACAUUCCUCUGUGCAAACUGAAAAAACAAAAAAAAACAAUCUUAUUAAUGUAAAACAGAGAGUAUUUUUGAUUGACCACUACUGAGCUUACUGAAAUCUGUGCACUUUAAUGCUUUUAAUGAAUAAAAUAUUUUUUAAUUUGUAAGUUAUUGAAGUUAAAUAACCAGUUAAUCAUUUUACUUCGGGCUUUCUUCUUAACUAGCUAACAGCACCUGAUAAAUUCAGAAAGUCAUCAGUAUCAACAUUGCAGAUAAAUCAGAUCACAUCAAAAAUCAUGUAAUACAGAAUAUAUAUCGUCAUAGAAAAUGCAGAAAAAGCAAAAACACAGAAAUACAAAACUCAGCCACAUAAAAUCAUUCAAUAAAUGAACUGCUUACUAAGACUUUUGAUUACUUUUCUAUGACAUGCAAU